AUGUCGGCCCCAGGCGGUGCGGAACCGAAGCCCAAGCGGGAGAAGCCACGCUCGCACUUCAGAGCUGAUGGGACUCGCCGACGCACCUCUGGCGAGAAGCAGGCCCGCAAGGACUGGUGGCAAGAGCAUAAUGCUAGCACGGCUGCUGGGUGGCAUCGGCGAAACCAGCCUGCUGCCACGGCUGUUGCACAAAGCCCCACACAGAGGCGGGACCGAUGGGCGCCAGCUCGGGACACAGGUUCUGCUGCUUCGGCUCCACCUGACGGAGAGGUCGGUUGGGGGGCCAAUCUAAGUCACACAAGGUCUGAAGAGGACCCCAGGCAAGAUGGCCCAACAGCUCAGCGUGGCACGGGAAGGCAUGAGCCAGAGCAGUCGGCCGAAGCCUCCGCCUUGGACACCAGAAGGCCCAGCCAGGCGAGCACUACGAUGGCUGCACAGGACAGACGCACCCUUUUGUUGCGACUUCCGGAUGGCAUUGGGAUUCCGCAGCUCGCCGCUCAGCUGGAUGACAUCAAGAAGGACUCUGGGCUUUUGCAGGUCCUUCUCUCCGCCCGCCCCUCCAAGGAGGGGCGGUGGACGCUCCUAUUGGACGGCACAUUGCAGCAACAGGACCGGGCCAAGGCCAUCGUGCAAGUCAUCAUGGAGAGGGCGCAAAAUGAGUCAAGGAUGGCGCCACCAGACCAACGUCCCACAUCCAAUGUGCCGACAGAGGUGAGCGCUGCUGGACCAGCUGGCCUUGAUUCUCUCCCGCUAUUGCACUUGCCACCGCAUCCGAGUGUUGCUGCUGAAGCGUUGGACCCUGAACCGACUGGAAUCCCGGAGAUGCAGGUGGUCACAACAGAGAGGGACAAGACCUCAGGGAGUGCCGAUCCACCGGCCCCCGGAGCAGCCCAGGCUGCUAGUGUACAGGCACAGCCAUUGCAGAGUGUGGCCGAGACUGCCGAGCAGGGUUCCGACAGAGCAGCAUACAUGUUUGCGUCUCCCAUGCUUCAAGUCCUGGGACCACUGUUCGGCCCCAACCUUGGAGAGCCGCUGGCCGUCACCCUGGAGCCCAUAGCACCUCCCAAGCAGGUGGUGGCAUCCUACCUCUAUCUUAUCCUUUUCUCCCUAUGUGCGGUCAGGAUGCUGCUCCUUGGAGAACGACAUGGAGGUCAACCAAGGCGGGCUUUCAAGCCUCAGCUCAACUGCUUGCAGAUACAACAGGAGACGCCUGCACCGUUGCAGCUUCAGCCAGUGGAGAAGGACAAAGGCAGCUCGCUUCAGGUCGAGGUCGCAAACACGUGCUACCAGCAACAUUGGACUAGGAUUGUGCCGGAGCCUACUUGUAAUCUCAACACUCCUGCAGCUGCUUGUGGCCCUCUCUUUCUUCCUUACCCUACCUUUUCGUAUCCCUCCGCGCCAGUGUUCAUGGGAAAGCGAGCCACACAGGAAGCGCCCCCGAAGGCGCAAUCGAGCAGACAGCCCGAGGACACUACAUCCACGUCGUCGUCCACAUCGAGCAGCGAUACAACAUCAGCCGUCACAAGCUCGAUGGAGGAGGUGUCGAUCACUGCACCAAGCUCCGCCGAGCUCGAAGCCAUGGCAGCAGGCACUCGUCUGGCCCAGGAGCAGGCAGCGGGGACACUCGAAGAAUCAAGCGAGGACCUGGGCAGAGAGGCCACCGAUGAUGAUUACAAGGACGGGCCCGGUCCUCCAUCCUCAAUGGCAUCAGCGGCGAACUCUGGAUGCAAACCUGCAAGUGUUGGGUCAGGUGGAGAUGCGUCCAGUGCUACAAACUCAAGAGCGAAUGCGAGCUCACAGGUUGCCGACCCAACUUUGAUCAACCGUAACUCGGAUCGUCGCUUCGAGCAGCCAGCCCAGCAAAACAGGGACCUUGGACCUUUUGCUUUGACCUUCAGUCUGCAUAUUCCAGUCCUGAGCUUGGCGACUGCUGUUGCAUAUCACAUCAAGCACUGGUACUGUGUUCUCUGUUCGAUAGCGAGCUACAUAUAUCCAACCAGCCGGCGCCCCAGCCCGGCCCUAAGCCCACACGAAGAGACCUGCACACGUAACAGAUAUGUUUCGAGCUGCCCCGGUCCCAAAUCCGGGGACAACUUCCCUAGAACCAAGCCAAGUGGAGUCCAGGUACUACAUUGGCAUCGGCGACUGCUCUUCGGGGCUCUCGUCUUAACUCAACUUCAGGCAGCAAGGGGAGUUGGAGAAUCGAGGGUUGAGACCCAAACCAGCGGGGUCUCGGGAACGGGAUGUUCACCACCAGGUCUUACAACACCGACCCGUGAAGGCGCUGGCACAGCUACUCCAUACAAUGCCCGAUCCCCAGAUGCUCUUGUGUACCCUUGGAGUGCUAAAAGAGCAUAUCGUCGAGCUCGCGCACGAGCUGCUAAAGGACCCACCAUGUACAGAGGUUCUCUGUGCAGUGCCAGUGAAUUGCAAGCACAGUACGGCAAACCACUGCCCCCGCGCGAGCCCAGAUCUACUUCGACAGCACAGCAAGGGAGCCGUGGUCGGCCCCGCACCACCGCCAGGCACCCGGCCACUCGGGUUCAGGUUCUUACCUUCAAUGUGUCUGGCUUGUCCAGUGCAAUGUGGCAGGAAUUUCAGGCCUGGCUCAGUACAGCUGAAGCACUGCGAUUUGACCUUAUUCUCCUUCAGGAGACUCACUGGACGAGCUGGUCAGACUUCACCUCAGGUAAGUGGCACUGUGUUGGCACACCCAUUGCCGAUAAAGACAAAUGCUCAGGUCUAGCGACACUUGUGCAUUCGAGGCUGGGCCCCUCCGAAGCUAUACAGUGCAAGACGUACUUGAAGGGCCGGGUCCAUCACACCAGGAUCCACCAGCAAUUCGGAGCAAUAGACGUGAUAAACGUCUAUCAGCACGUCUGGCGCAGCCACCACACAACGGCCCAGAACCAAGCAGCCAGGACCUCAGUGUAUCGUGCGAUUGGGCAAGCCUUAGGUUCCUGCCCCAUGCGACACACAUGCAUUCUAGGCGGGGACUUCAAUGCAGAGGUUAAUGAACUUACACCGCAUGUUGGCAGAGCCCUCCUGAAGAAGCGGGGGCAUGACGGCGACAAGGACGCAGGCGAAGGCCUGCCGGAGCUCCUGCAAACCCAUGGGCUCUGUCUCCUGAACACUUGGCACGGUAGGAACAAGGCCACCAACCUUACAAGCGGGGCCCUUAGCCAGAUAGACUUCGUUGCCGUUCGCGUACAAUGGGCUGAUCGACUGGCUAAGCAGAGCGACUCUCUACCAGCAUGCCCCGUCGGAGCCUGGAAAGCCAACCGGCACUUCCCCGUACAGGCCUCCAUCAAACUGGUGUCACCUUGGCACCUGAUUCGGCAGCCGAAGCCAGCCGGUGCAAUGAUUGACAAAGCUGCCAUGCAAGAUUCGAUUGCUAGGCAGGACACCCGGGCCCAACAACUCCGAACUCAGGUUGCACACGACCUGUCUCAAAUCCCAGACGCAUUGAGCCCUAGUGAGCUUACAGUCAAGGUAGACAGUAUCCUGAUUCGAAGAGCUGAACAGAUGUACCCAGCCCGAGGCCGGGAAGACCGACGCGUAAGCCAAGACCCCCAAUUUACUCUUCUAACCAAAGAGCUGUGGAGUCUUUACAGGUCGUAUCGGUCCAUAGGCAGAUGCAAUAGGCAAAACAUCCUGCGAAAAUGGCGGUUGUGGACCCAGUUUAAGCGAGCAUCCAAACAGCUGCGGGACCGAGCCAAGAAGAUAAAACGACAGAAGAUCCAAGACAUCAUGUGUGAACUGGAGCAGGCGGCCAAGCGAGGGGACCAAGGAAGCACCUAUGCUGCCGUUCGCAGACUGGCCCCCUGGAAGCCAGUGGCAAAGCCCAGCAUCCGUGGGCCGACAGGCGAGCUCCUCACGCCAACACUCCAGUUACAGGCUCUAACGGUGCACGCCCAGGACAAAUUCUGCAAGGGCACUGACUACCGUCCGACAGGUGUGCUCCUGGAGGGUCUCGCCAUCACGAGCGAUCAACUUCAGUCUGCCCUUCGCAGGCUGCCGAUUCGGAAGGCAGCGCCGCCGGGAGCGGCACCGUCUGCUCUAUGGAAAAACAGCGCCGAGGACCUAGCCGAGACCUUCUUUCACCCGGUCACCCACAUGUGGAGCUCAGGUCAAACUGGAAGUGCACCCUCCAUCUGGAAAGACGCCAAUAUGGUCUGGAUGCCGAAGCCCAAUAAGGAUCCCAGCCUGUUAGCCAAUCUUAGACCCAUUGGGUUGGUACACCCCAUGGGCAAAUCCAUCUGCACCCUGCUUAGGUCCCGACUGCUGCCCGUCCUCACACAGGCAUUGAUUACACGCCCGCAGUUUGCGUAUGCCAAAGGCAGAUCCACUUUGGACGCCUUGUUGCGAGCACAUGGGCACCUCACUCGGACACGCCAGGAGAUCGAAGCUCAGCGUACAUCCAUUUAUGCAAGACAUUCAGGCCAGGAGCCCAAAUCUUGCUUUGGCGGCAUUUGCUUCAGCUUAGAUCUCAAAGGUGCUUUUGAUGCGGUUCCGAGGCACAGGUUGGCCGAGAGUCUGUUCAGACUGCAGGUGGAGCCGGAUCUAGUACAUCUCAUCAUGCAACAACAGCACCAGUCACAGUAUUGGACAAGGAUCGGAGCCGAUAUCCGGCCCGUAAUGCCCACCCAAGGCAUAAAGCAAGGUUGCAACAUUGCACCCUAUUUGUUCAUUGCGUAUACCAUCCUGCUCAUUGAUAAAAUCGGUGAGAGCACACCAGACAGAUGGACGGAGGAUGGACUCACCUGGUACGCGGACGAUGCCUUCGCCGCCUGGAAAAUCCAAGAUGCUGCAGGCCUUCGCCAGGCGCUAGGGGACAUCCAGCGUAUUAUUGCAGUCCUUGAGGAACACGGCAUGGCGAUCGAACCAAGCAAAUGCGCUGUGCUGUACAACCUGCAAGGCAACGAAGUCAAGAAAAUCCUCAGGCAUGCUAAGGUGCGACGCCAAGAGCAAACUUACCUUCUGGCCCGGGAGUCUCCUGAAACAUUGGUGCCAAUCAAGAAACAACAUGAAUACUUAGGCACGAUCCUGGCCUACAGGGACCCACAGACACUUACCUUGCAACAUCGGCUCAGCAAGGCCCGGGGACAGUAUGCAUUGCUGCGGAAAACACUUCAUGCCAAGAGGCUUGUCACACGCAAACACCGUUAUCGCAUAUGGAAGGCAGGCGUCCAGGCCAGCGCAUGCUACGGGUUGCUGGCCACCGGCCUCACCGUCACAGGCCGUACACAACUUCUCGCCAUGUCGGCAAGGCAACUUCGCUCAAUAGCAGGUCGCCCAGCACAUCUAACGCACGAAUCCAACGCUGAGAUUAGGAACCUGUUCGACUGUGUCGAGUGGACCGAAGAUCUGCUCACGUUGGCUAAGAACCGGCUCACCGAACUUCGCACACUGCAAGAGACACAGCCUGAGAACAUUGUUACCAGGCCACAGGCACUGCAACAGCUGACACAUGCCAUGGAAACCUUCCAGCAGGUGAUUCCGAUCGAGCGGCCCAAGCAGGACGGCGUGGAGGGUAUAGGCGUGCCGUGUCCGGUUUGUGGGGUUUAUUUUGAUAACCUGACUAGCGUUCGCAAACACCUUAGGCGAAAACACCCUGAAUUCCAGAGGCCAGACAUCAAGUUCGACCCGGCCGAACAUGCCAUUGGAGGACUGCCGCAGUGUGCCGGAUGCAAGCACAGGUUCCAGAGUUGGCAGGCACUUAAGACCCACAUUGAAAAAGGUCAAUGCCACCAGCAGGGAGAGAACAACCCGGAGCCGAGUACCGGCCCUGCGCAGACUACAGCCCCCCCUCCGGUUAACCUCACCCCGGCAGCCCAGGCCACAGAGGAGCAGCCACGAUUGCCACCGCAUCGAAAUCUUAAAGUCGCGGACUUGAUUCGUGACCAAGGGUGGGAAGCCCUGGUGAACAGCGAGCAUGCAGAGGACUUAAAACAGCACUGCUGCAUUUGUGCCAGAUGGAUGGUUGACACAACGUCCAUCAAACGACACAUGCGAUACUCCCAUCCUGAAAUCUGGAAGCAGGAACAGAUCCAGAUGUUCGGCUACCUGCUGCCGGGUCUGAGCGAGUCCAACAAGAGACCUCCAGCCACGCCGCAACAGCAGAACAACAAGGGAGACGAGUCCGGCAAAGGCGGGGGCAAGAGACGACGCACACGCCGAGGACAGGGGGGACAGGGGAGCCGAAACUCGGCCCCAGCAGAGGCACUGACGGCACUGACGAAGGACGGCGGCAGGCUCCUCAAUCUGAUCUCGCGCAUCCUGCUCCAGCACGAGGACAGCAUCAACGCCGCAAAGAUGGAUCGGGGCUUCACGGUCUUCAUGGCCCAGACGGGACCAGCAGGACUACUCACCAGCCUCUACAAUGCAAGUAUCGCUUGGAACCAGGUCAAGGACAACGAGCCGGCGAAGAUCACGCAACCGCUACGGAUCACACUGUUAACCCUGAUGAUCGCGGAGCUCAAGGUACGCCUCCAGAAUCUGGAAAAGAAGCAAGAAGCCAAGCAACUGGCCAUCAGUGCAGGAUGGCUCGACCAGCAAGACCGACUUCUGUACCAAAAGUGGGACGCAGAGAAUGCAAAGCUGGUACCUCAUCCCACGAUGCCGGGCCUCGUGACGACAGAAGUGAUGCAAACCUUGACGGAGAUCGAGCCGCUCAUCCUGGAAUCCUUGGUGCUGCGCUUCCAUGCGCCGCGAAAGAUCAAGCCCACACCGGAGACGGAGAACAAGGCGGUUUUCAAGUUGGAGGUUUCUCUCAGAAGCGCAGAAGCGGAUCAACUUUACCAGAGCCUCGCGAAGCUGGAGAACAAUGCAGUAUGGCAGCUCAUAGGUGCAAGAGCUGAUGAAGCUGCUCAGCCAGGAAGGCCGGUCACCAAUCAUGUGCAACACUUGAUCCUGCAAGCCUCCCUCCACAAUGGCUCCAACACGUGUUAUCUCAAUGCCUUUCUGCAUGCACUUAUGUGGCAGGUGACAAUGAUGCAGAGUGAACUUGCUUUGCCUCAGGCUUGGCUAAACGCCAUUAGUACAGCAGAAACCAAACCGCUCGCUCUUCUCAGGUUCCACCUGCUGGGGUGGGGACAACCACAUGUGCAACACGAUGUGGCUGAGCUUGCAUCGCAUCUGCUUCGAAGCCUGAGCUGGGCACCCAGUGUAGUUUCGUGGUGCCGUCGAGUGCAGGUGGACGGGGUCUACCAACACCUGCAGCCAAUGCAGGACUCCCGAUUGUUAAUCCUCGAUCCCGCCACUGGUCUACAAACACCGAUCCUACAGGAAACGAUCACCUCCUGGCACGGGGUCAUCGCGGUGCAGGCACUUAUUGAAGCGCCACAAAUGCUGUGGCUCCAAUUGCCGAGGUUUGUGCAAACCGGUGCCCGGAUUCAGAAAGUUAAGCAAUCCAUCCACCUGGAUGUCCAGCACCGUUGCAUCCGUAUACCGGUGUUCGCCUCAACUGAUGCCUCCAGGGAUGCUUCAAUCAAUUGGUGUGACUACCGAGUGAAUGCAGUGAUUUAUCACCUAGGCGCAACAGUCAGUGCCGGGCAUUAUCGCACCAUGCUGUUCCACCCGCAGGCAAACGGGGGCUGGCACACCGAUGACGGAAAGCCAGCUGCUUGGUGCAAAGCCGUGCCGAAACAAGUUGAAAGGAACUGCUACCUGGUGUGUGCGACCAGGCUGGUCAGCAGUGAAGGGCCCUGA